CCGGGCAUUCCAGCAAUUUCUCACCCUUCACACAACUCCAAGCGAUCCUCGGGUGGUCCCUUUCGUCCAUCCCUCACGUACUUGGUAUAGAUAAACCCACGAACCGCAGCGUCUCCCGUUGAUCCGAGUCUCCUGACACCAGGCUCUCCCUCUCUCUGUGUGUGCAAGUUCCCAACCUCACUUCAUGCUGAACGUCCCCUCGCCUGUGUGCGUGUGUGCUGUAGUUCCUUCGUAAACCCAUUUUUCUCUAUUGUUGUAAUAAUCCCAUACCCUUAUUCCUCCCCCCCCCCCCCCUCCUUUACCCAUCAUACUCCUCCAUCCGACCAGUACAAAACCUUCAAGAUGCCUCCCGUAGCCGUCAGCGACAUGGACCUCCCCGCCGAGCCGGUCCACCCCCUCCCCGAAGCAAAGGACCCUCUCGCCUCCUCCGUGCCGACGCCCCAGCUCUUCUCCCUCGCCAACAAGACCGUCGUCAUCACCGGCGGCGGCCGCGGCCUCGGCAUCACCUUCGCCCUCGCCGUCCUCGAGGCCGGCGGCCACGCCGCCUGCCUCGACAUCCUCCCGGAGCCCUCGCCCGUCGAGUGGGCUCACCUGUCCAAGCUCGCCGCCGCCGCCGGCCUCUCCGUCACCUACCACCGCUGCGACAUCACCGACGAGGCCGCCACCCAGCGCGUCUUCGAGGACGUCGCCGACGACGCCGACGCCCGCGGCGCCCCCUUCUGGGGCGCCGUCGCCUGCGCCGGCAUCCAGCAGAAGAUCCCCGCCCUCGAGUACCCCGUCGCCGACUUUGAGCGCAUACAAAAGGUCAACGUCGUUGGCGUCUUCGUCACCGCCAAGCACGCCGCCCGCAUCCUCGUCAACCGCAAGAGGAAGGGCAGCAUCCUGUUGAUCUCGAGCAUGUCGGGAGAGAUUGCCAACCGAGGACUGACGUGCAGCGCCUACAACACGAGCAAGGCCGCCGUCCAGCAAAUGUGUCGAUCCGUCGCCCAGGAAUGGGGCCAGUACGGCAUCCGCGUCAACACCUUGUCCCCCGGCUACAUCCGCACCGCCAUGACCGACCAGCUCCUGCAGGCCGAGCCCGACGUCGAGACAACGUGGAUGAGGGGCGCCCUGCUCCAGCGCCUCGGCACGCCCGAGGACUUCAAGGCCCCGGCCGUCUUCCUCCUGUCCGAGGGAAGCUCCUUCAUGACCGGCGCCGACCUCCGUGUCGACGGCGGGCACUGCGCGUCCGCUUAAUUGCUUUUUGCAGCGGAUUGCGCAAAAAGCGGGGGUUUCGAUGAUUGGGAUCAUUUGUUUUGUGGAAGGCGACCUGGCGUUGGUUCUCAUGAUAUCAGGUGGGAUGUAAACCCCGUAUGGGCGUCCCUCGUUCUGGUGGCGACGCAUUGUUGGGACCUGUAGAAUCAGUAUGACUGAGCGGGCAUUCAUAGCGGUAUUUUAUGGUUACAGCAUAUUGCAUCCCGAAAGUCUUCUCGCAUACGGUGAUUCCGAUCAGUCUUGAUGAUACUCAGUUGUUUGUCUCCGGCUCUCACCUCGGC